UUAUAAUCUCUUUGAACUAACGUGUUGAUCGAAAUCAACUUACAAUAACCUAUUCCUAGCACGUAUUUUACAGAGUAGAAAAAAUAACAUUGAAGUGAAAAAAAAAGUCCUCAAAUCAGAUUUGGCAAAGCAUUUGAUUCUUCGCCAAUUGCAACGAAGUCAGUAUGGUGUUCUUUAAGGGCAGCGUUUCUCUGCUUUCUCGUCUUCGUUCCCAGGCUACUCAAAACUCCAAUUCUGUGAGAUGGAUUCAGAUGCAGUCCUCUUCCCAUCUUGACCUUCAUUCUCAACUCGCGGAAUUGAUUCCCGAGCAACAGGAGCGUAUCAAGAAACUCAAGACGGAAUAUGGAAAAGUUCAAUUGGGAAAUAUUACUGUUGACAUGGUACUUGGUGGGAUGAGGGGAAUGACAGGAUUGCUUUGGGAAACCUCCUUACUUGACCCAGAUGAGGGAAUUCGCUUCCGGGGUCUCUCAAUUCCUGAAUGCCAAAAAGUGCUACCAGCAGCAAAGUCUGGUGGGGAACCUUUACCUGAGGGCCUACUUUGGCUUCUUUUAACUGGAAAGGUACCCAGCAAAGAGCAGGUUGAUGCUCUGUCAAAAGAAUUACGUGAUCGCGCCACUGUUCCAGAUUAUGUGUACAAGGCCAUUGAUGCUCUACCUGUGUCAGCUCAUCCCAUGACCCAAUUCACAUCUGGUGUUAUGGCUCUUCAGGUUCAAAGUGAAUUUUCGAAAGCAUAUGACAAAGGGCUUCACAAAUCAAAGUACUGGGAGCCAACUUAUGAGGAUUCUCUCAAUCUCAUUGCCCGUCUACCAAUAGUUGCUUCAUAUGUUUAUCGAAGGAUAUACAAAAAUGGGAAAUUUAUUUCCACGAAUGACUCUCUAGAUUAUGGUGCAAACUUUUCACACAUGUUGGGAUUUGAUAGCCCCCAGAUGCAUGAGCUUAUGAGGCUUUAUGUUACAAUCCACAGUGAUCAUGAAGGUGGGAAUGUCAGUGCCCAUACAGGCCACCUGGUUGCUAGUGCACUUUCGGAUCCUUAUCUUUCAUUUGCUGCUGCAUUGAAUGGUUUAGCUGGGCCUCUCCAUGGCUUGGCUAAUCAGGAAGUUCUACUUUGGAUCAAAUCUGUGGUUGAGGAGUGUGGGGAAAAUGUAACCAAAGAACAUCUCAAAGACUAUGUAUGGAAGACCCUAAAUAGUGGGAAGGUUGUUCCUGGAUUUGGUCAUGGAGUAUUACGUAAAACAGAUCCACGAUACACAUGCCAAAGGGAGUUUGCAUUGAAGCAUUUACCUGAUGAUCCUAUGUUCCAGCUGGUUUCAAAGCUAUAUGAAGUUGUGCCUCCAAUCCUUACGGAACUAGGCAAAGUUAAAAACCCCUGGCCCAAUGUUGACGCACACAGCGGUGUUCUGCUGAAUUAUUACGGUUUGACUGAAGCUAGGUUUUUCACUGUUCUUUUUGGCGUAUCGAGGAGUAUUGGCAUUUGUUCUCAGCUAAUAUGGGACCGAGCUCUUGGAUUGGCACUGGAGAGGCCAAAGAGUGUUACAAUGGAGUGGCUUGAGAAUUACUGUAAGAAGGCAGCUUCAUCCUAAAUGCUAUAUUUAAUUUAUUCUUAGUAAUAACUGCUCAGGAACGCGGGUUUUGCUAUGGACCAUUCCGCGGUGGUGUAAAGUUUGCGAGCUUCGCUUGUGCAGUCAAAAUAGCAUACCUUUUUUUAACCAUACCAUAUUGUUGAGUUUCUUUCACAUUUUUUUUUUUGAGUUUGUAACAAAGCUCAUGUCUGGUGGUAAUAAAAAGAAAUUACAGUGAGGGUGAAUUUAGUUGAAAAAGGAAAUAGUUUUAUACUUCAACCAUUGGAAAUAAAGACGUUUAUUGCUGUUUA